AUGAAGAAUCAAGUAAUCCCCAUAUUUGAUGGAGAGAAGUACGACUUCUGGAGCAUCAAGAUGACAACCAUUCUCAAGACCAGGAAGUUAUGGUCUGUGGUUGAAGAAGGCGUAGCAGCCCCACCAGCACAAGUGGAUGAAACCCCUGAAACAGCAAGGGCAAGAUCGCUUAGAGAAGAAGCGAUGAUGAACGAUACAUUGGCUUUGCAAAUCUUGCAAACUGCUGUAUCGGAUCAUAUAUUCUCACGGAUUGCAGCAGCAUCAACAUCCAAAGAGGCGUGGGAUGCAUUGAAGGAGGAGUAUGAAGGCUCUCCUCAAGUUCGUUUGAUUAAACUUCAAACAUUGCGAAGGGAGUAUGAGAAUCUGAAGAUGUAUGAGAAUGAAGACAUUAAGGUCUUCACAGAUAAGAUAGUUGAAUUGGCAAAUCAAUUAACUUAUCAUGGUGAACAGAAGUCAGAUGUUCAACUCAUACAGAAGAUACUCAUCUCUCUCCCAGCCAAGUUCGAUAGCAUAGUCAGUGUGUUGGAGCAAACAAGCGAUUUGACUUCAACAAAGAUGACAGAGUUGAUCGGGAUCUUGAAGGCUCAUGAAGCAAGGCUGGCUGCAAGAGAAGAAAGCACCAGUGAAGGAGCAUUCGAUGCUCGUGUUAAACACAAAAAUUCUGGUGUUACACAAGACAACUCAAAGCGCCAAGGAGGCAAGAAGUGGUGCGGUUUCUGCAAGAGAAACAACCACAAUGAGAGCGAUGCUACUCAAAGAAGAAAGAGAAGGCACAUGUGA